AUGAUGCUCUUGCUACCUUCCCUGCUUUGUGCCUUAGCUGGCUAUGUUUCUGCUUUUUCAGUAGAAACUUCAAAUUCCAAGGAUCUUUAUCCUCCACUUUGGGAAGAAAUUCCUGGCCAGCUCAGUGACUAUACUGCAGUGAAUGGAGUAUAUGUCAUUGAUGCAUGGCUAUAUCCUACAAGAAUGAGCUUAUACAAAAUCCUAAUUACAUCAACAAAGAAAUAUUUUGAAAGAUUUUCACAAAAUAAUGAAAAAAACAUUUUAUUUGGACUACCUCUACAACAUGGAUGGCAAUUUAAAACAGGCAGAUUAGCUGACCCUACCAAAGCAACUGACUGUGGAAGAGAGGGAGAACCUAUGUGCAUUUCUGUGGACAGCUGGUGGGCCCGUGCGAAUUACUAUCUUUGUGCACUACCCUUCCUUGCUGCAGUUGAAGCUGGAAUAAUAGAGGUCCCUACAAACCAAGUGAUACUUUCACCCCCACUAAAGGACCAGAAAUAUUUUUGUUAUGAUGUUGCUUCUUGUCAGUCAUUCCUCCCAAAUGUUAUGGCAAAAUGGAAUACGUUUUAUCAGCGAAUGAAAGAACCUUCUGAAAGCUUGGAAGACUUGCUGAAAUACUUAUGGGAUGUACAUGAUGCAACCAUUGACGUGAUUGCAGAAAAUUUAGGUGAUGGAUAUAAAAUUUUCCCCAAACCAGAAGCAGAUUUUGCAAAAAGUUGGGUAACUGCUGUGCAUUACAUUGCGGCAAUGCUCUUUGAAACAUCCUUGAACAAAACUUAUGAAUUCCAGAAGACUCUGCCCCCAAGAAUGCUUCAGGAAAAUGACAAGGCCCCCUUGAUUAAGGAUUUUACAGCUUCCCAGAAUAAAAUUGUGUAUUAUCUUGGUUUUCUAGACAAAGUGGAUACCUUUUCAAAUCAGAAAUCUUUGACUCUCUUCAGAAUUUUAAUGAAGUCUCAAAAAUUAAGGAAACUAGUAAAUGCUUUCUUGGAACGUAUAAUUAAAGACAAGAAUUUGACUCCUCGGGAAAUGGAGACAUUUUUUCAAAAAGUUAUUAGAUCAUCCAAAUUCAUUUCAUAGGAAAAAGUUAUUUCAGCAAUGAGCUUGGACAUCACUAAAAACUUCCUGUGUCAUUUGGUGUUUUGGAUUUAGAUUUUUGUGGGGUAUAAUUUGGUUAAUGAUGUUUGUGCCUUCUUAAUUGAAUUAAUGCUUCCAUGCUUAAUUAUACCAAUUAGUAAUUCUUUUUUUCUCGUUUCUAGCUGAUUAAAAUGUCUAGCUAAAAUACAAAUGUGAUUCUGGCAUAAUUGUGGUAUAAUUUAAAAGUAAUAAAUUAUAUCUUUCCUAUAAUCAAUCUCCUUUUCCUUUUUUUGUUACCAAGAACUGUUUCCCACGGGAUUUUGCAAAUGUAUAUAUUUGAGAUGACCAAAUUAUAAACAGUUUAGGAGAUUAAA